UUUCGUUUGAGGGUAUUUGUUACCAGAUUUUCUUCAAGCAUGGAUCAGUCCUUUAGAUGCAUUUCGAUAGAUUCUGAAAAAUUCAAUGACAACAGCAUUACCACCAACACUUCGGAAGAACAAAGUUCCGUAGAAGAAUCAAUUUCACAAUUUUACAAGAAUUUCAAAUCACGAAUAAAUUCCAAGGAAGAAAUAGAACCAGCUGCUAACAGUUUGCCGAAAUUAAACAGAGAUCUCCAUUUAUCCUACUUAAAGAAAGGUUUACGAAAUCUCUCCGAGUCAUACGAAUGUUUGGAUGCCAGCAGACCUUGGCUUUGUUAUUGGAUACUACAUAGUCUUGAGCUGUUGGACUAUCCCCUUUCUGAUGAUGUUAUUGCUCAGGUUGCUGUGUUUUUAUCCAAGUGUCAGUGUGAUACAGGCGGCUUUGCUGGAGGUCCUGGUCAGGCUGCGCAUUUAGCCCCUACUUAUGCUGCCAUAAAUGCCCUGUGUAUUCUAGGGACGGAGGAGGCAUAUAAAGUUAUAAAUAGAAAUACCCUCAAAUCAUUCCUUAUGAAAAUGCGUACUGCUGAAGGUGCGUUUAAAAUGCAUGAAGGCGGAGAAGUUGAUAUACGAGGAGCUUACUGUGCAGCAAGUGUUGCAAAACUAACAAACAUUAUAACUGAAGAAAUGUUCAAUGGAACUCCAGAAUGGAUUGUACGUUGUCAAACUUAUGAAGGAGGUUUUGGUGGGUGUCCAGGUAUGGAAGCUCAUGGAGGAUAUUCAUUUUGUGGUCUAGCAGCUCUAACCUUAUUAGGCCACACAAAACUUUGUGAUAUUGAUAGAGUGCUUAGAUGGACUGCUAAUCGUCAAAUGAGAUAUGAAGGUGGAUUCCAAGGAAGAACCAAUAAACUUGUUGAUGGCUGUUAUUCAUUUUGGCAGGGAGGAGCAUUUCCUUUAAUACACAUGAUUCUAUCUUUAGCAGAAAAUAAGUCUCUUAGUGCAGAAAAUUGGUUGUGCCAUCAAAAAGCUUUGCAAGAGUAUAUUUUGAUAUGUUGUCAGCAUCCAGGAGGUGGAUUGAUUGACAAACCGGGAAAGAACAGAGAUUUUUAUCAUACAUGUUAUUGCCUAAGUGGUCUUUCAGUAGCACAACAUUUCGCAGGAGGAAAGCUUGGCCAUCUGACUGUUGUUGGACAUGAAGAGAACCAGUUGCGACCUACACACCCAGUGUUUAACAUUUGUGUAGAAGCUGUAGUUCAUUCUACUUUGUAUUUUAGCAGACUUCCUCAAGUUUGAAUUCACAUAACAAGUAGUACUUAUAUUAGCUUCAUUCUGUUCACACAUAACAAAUAGUGCUUAGCUUCAUUCUGUUCAUUCUGUUCAUGAUACAUGUACAUGAUAUAUAUGCAUUCUUUACUACACAAAUAACAAUAUGUUUAUAAAUGUUGUUACUAAAUAUAAGUACUAAGACCAUACGACCAACCCAGUGACCAAAUUUAUUAACAUUUUGCAAGCCACUGGAUAAACGCUUCAUAUGUUCAAAAUCUAUAUAUACAUGUAUUGUGAAGUUUUUGUUGUAAUAUGCAUAAUAAAUGUAGUUUGACAAGUCACAA